AGGCGUUCAGUCCGGACAGCCCUCUGAAGGCGAUGUAGAGGUCCUCACAGCUACAGCACUUCAUUUCAACAUGGCGGCGAACAGCAGUAGCGGCACGGGGAGUAAAAGCAGUGGAGGGAAGCAGUCUGGCCCCUCUGCCGAGCAGGUUGUGGCAACGUUCCAGAGGAUGCGGCAGGAGCAGCGCAGCAUGGCCUCAAAAGCUGCUGAACUGGAGAUGGAGAUCAAUGAACACAGCCUGGUCAUCGACACACUGAAGGAAGUCGAUCCCUCGCGGAAAUGCUAUCGUUUAGUCGGAGGUGUUUUGGUCGAGAGGACUGUAAAAGAAGUGCUGCCUGCACUGGAAAACAAUAAAGAACAGAUAUCAAAGUUAGUUGUGUCGCUCAAUACGCAAAUGCAGACGAAAGGGCGAGAGCUGACGGAGUACCGGGAACGUUACAACAUCCGUCUGGUGGGCGAAGACGAUAAACAAGGCAAAGGCAACGCGGCUCAGGCUAAAGAAAGUGAAGAAGGAGGAUCUAAAAGCGGAGCUGGAGUUCUGGUUUCUUAGUCAGUUUAGCUGUUCACAUAAACCUAUAAUUAAUGAUGUAGGGUUUGAGAGCCUGAAUAUUGUGAAGAUCACAAUUUUACAUGUGAAUUUUGUAUAUUCAUAAUAUUGAGACGGUCUCUAAUCUCUUCAGAGUUACACUCUAGGAUGCAGAACAGCACAGCUGAUAGGGAAUAUUCUCAGUUAUACAGUAGAGACAGUAACGUUACAGUUAUGGGUUUAUUUUGAGUGCAGCCGUGACCCGUAAUCCCUAAUCAAUCUCCCUCUCUCUCCUCCCCCUCUCUCUCUCCCCUCCACCCCCCUUUAAAUGCUUUGUGUAGGAUAAUGUAAAUUACAGAAUAUACACAGCUCAGUGUCCUACAUAUCACAACGCAUACUGAACAACUGCUUUUGCCUUUCACAUUGUAAUGAAUGUUUAUGCUACGAAACAAACAGGCCUGCAUCCAAUUUGUUACUUAGACACUUCAUAUGUUUAGGUGGUUAAAAAGGCUGAGACCCUUUUACUUAACUAAUUAUAUGUCUUAUAUGCUACACUGUAGAAUUUCACUGUUUAUAGCUGUGAAUAUUCACGCAGAACUGAAUGAUGCUCCAGGAGUUUGAACCUUAAUGUAGAAUGCAUUAGUUAAGAAACAAAUGUCUUGACAGUCCCCCCCCCACUUUGAAAUUGGAACACAGCCCUACCUGACAACUUGUUAAAACUGUACUUGUUUUGAAGAAGAUUUUUUUUUUAUGUUUGUCUUGUUUGUUUUGGUUAAUGAAUUAAAAUGCCAACUUGAACAUUUUUCCCUAAAA